AUGUCAACGGGAAGCAUUACAAGUUCCAACUGGGCUCUCUUGGAGUCAAUCCGACAGCAUCUACUAGAUGACGAUUUCGAAACCCAGGGAACGUUUUUGGUCAGUGCCGCUGAAGAUGAUGCACCAUUGUAUGAUUGUGCUCCAAGUACUUCAAGCUCUAGCCAUGCUCACUUUGGUGUAGAGGGCUGGGGUGACACAAUUGCAAUCUUGGACCAUGAUUUGGAUAGGUCAAAUGAUGUCAAGGUGGAGGCGCGUAUUAGGGACCCAAAGAAGAACGGGGCGAGAGUGUGGCUGGGGACCUAUGAGACUGCUGAGGAUGCUGGCUUGGCUUAUGACCGAGCCGCUUUUAAAAUGCGUGGCUCCAAGGCUAAGCUUAAUUUUCCUCACCUCAUCGGUUCACAUGAUUCGGAGCCCGGUCGUGUGGCUCCCAAGCGUGGCUCACCGGAGCCAUCGUUUUCGUCAGCCACGUCGUCGGAUGAUGGUGGAUCCCCGACGCUUAAGAGGAGAAAGAGUGGAGUUGACUCGGCAACUAAAGCCAAGUCGGAAGAAGCAGCUGAACAGUUUCAUGUGUUUCAAGUGGACUCAUUAACACUUGACGGCCAGCUGUUGGUGGACGAGUUGUACACAUAUGACGGACUUUUGGCCAUCUGA